AUGCCUCCAUCUUGGAAAAGCUUGCCGAAGGGGCCUGCCCUUGAGGUCACUAAGGGGCUGCUGGGCCGGAUCACCGCCCUAAAGGAUGCCAGGCUGACCGACAGGACGGUGCUUUGGGAGUUCCUAUUCCACCGGAUCCUCCCAUUGAUGGCAAGACCAACCCCAAUGUGGGAGUACAUUGGGGUAGGGGACCUGUCUGCGGUGGCGGAGGGCAAUCUUUCGAGGGAGUCUAUGGCUAGAGUGGCAUGGAUGGUGCUAGGAUCUACAUCGGGGGAGCUGACGGUUGGUGAAGGCCUGGCUCCCUUCUCGGUGUAUGAGCCGAGACCCAAUGACCUCCCAUAUUUAGGGGAGGCACUGUUGGAGUACUCCUGGAGGAAGUUGGACCUUGUUCGAGAGUGGGAGAAGGUCACCCCGAAGGUGCUCCCUAGCCCUCCUAGAAGGGGUGGGGGGUCCUUGCCCAUUUCGUUGCCCAACCCCUAUCCUGCGCCUAGUGAGCGGGUGACGACGCUGAUAGAGGCGCUCAUCCGAGAGCGUGAUAGCGUGCGCAGCAUCAUGGCACGGUUGGAGUCUGAGCUGGCAGCGGAGCGAGAGGCCAGGCGCACCAUAGAGGUGAGGGCCGAGGCUUCCCGACAGAAGGCUACUGAGGUGGAGGAAAUCAACCUGGCGGCUGGGGGUGCGGUCAUGGAGCUGAGGGGCUCCCUAGGCCUCCUGGAGACCGCGAGGGAUGCUGCCCAUUUUGAGCUCCAUGGUACCCAGCAGCUCAUGGCAGAUGUUUCCUUUCCUCUCCCUUCUUUCCCUCGCCUCCAGGGUGCGGUCUCUUGCUUCGAGCCACCAUGA